AUGGGCAAAAACACCGCAUCCGCUUCAACUGUACUUCCCUUUUCGCGGGAACAAGUCUACGACUUUGUCUCCAACCCACACAAUUGGCCCCUGACCUACAAAGGCAGCGGAGGCAUUCAGAAGCACCUGCAACUACCACUGAAACUUGGCGACAAAUGGACAGAAAAGGUUUCCCUAGCAAAGAACACCUAUUACUCUGAAUGGACAUUGAUCACUGCGAUUCGCCCGAGCAAGUUCGUCUUUGAGCAAGUGAAUGGUAUCGGCGCGCUCAAUGAAGAGCUCGAGGGCGGGGUCGAGGGGACGACCAAGAUUGAGUAUGUCUUUGACGAGGUCAACAUGACUGUGGAGGACAAGACGGAAAAGGGAACCCUAUUUACGCGAACGUUUAGCUCGGAGCUGCCGCGAGGCGUGGAAAUGCCCGAGGAUCUGCUGGUUGUGUGUAUGAGGACAGUUGGUAUUGAGGGAUAUCACGAUGCGGUGGCGCGAGAGCUGGCAAAGACACAUACCGCCACGUGA